UUUUGGAUCUAUUUCGAUAUUUGGGAAAUAAAAAAAAGUUGUGUACACACUGCCCGCAGAACAGUUGACAUAAUAACAACACGUACGAAAUUGGUAUAUAAUGCAAAUUAUUAAAGUUGUUAACCGUCAUUUAGUCAAGCAAAAGCAUUUAUGCCAUCACAAAUUGCGACAGUUCACAACCACGCUUUGCUACAGCACAAGUAGAGAUGCUUUGCCCAUUGCAGCGGGCUAUCAGCCUAAGCAAGUGGAAGCUGCCUAUUGGGAGCGUCAGAAAUUGCAUAAGCAGGAAGAAUCGAUAAGAAGUUGCAAGCGUGGCACAUAUCGUAUGUUGCUGCCACCUCCAAAUGUAACAGGCAAUUUGCACUUGGGUCACGCUUUAAAUGCGACAGUUCAGGAUGUGAUUGCACGUCAGCAUCGACAGCUGGGCUAUGAGGUGGACUGGAUACCGGGCACAGAUCAUGCAGGCAUUGCCACCCAAGUGGUGGUGGAACGCACACUGGCUGCCACCAAAGGGCUAACGCGGCAAGAGAUUGGAAGAGAUGCCUUCCUAGAGGAAGUGUGGAAAUGGAAGGCAGAGAAGGGUAGUGGCAUUGUCAGGGACCUGGAGCAGUUGGGCUGCUCCCUGAACUGGCCACGCGAAUACUUCACCAUGGACACACAGCAGGCGCAUGCGGUGAACGUUGCCUUCGAGCGACUCUUUGACGAAGGAUUGAUUCAACGAAGGAAUUCACUUGUCAAUUGGUCUUGUGCGCUGCGCUCGGCUAUCUCCGACAUUGAGGUGGAGACUGUGGACAUCAAAGAGCCCACUGAGCUGGCUGUGCCAGGCUACGAGCACAAUGUGCUCUUCGGACGCAUUUAUGACGUUGCCUAUCGUGUGGUACCGGAGAAUCCAGCUGACAACUCGCCAGUGGAGGAGAUUGUGGUGUCCACCACCAGGCCAGAGACCAUACUGGGCGAUGUAGCCGUCGCAGUGCAUCCGGCUGAUCCACGUUACACCAAAUAUCGCAAUCGCAAUGAAGUCCUGUUGCAACAUCCCUUUCGCCAGGACACAAUUCCACUCGUCUUUGACAUUUCCGUGGAGCAAGAAUUUGGCUCGGGCGCUGUGAAGAUUACACCUGCACAUGAUCGAUUCGAUUUUGAGUUGGCCACGCGACACAAACUCCAGUCGCGUCAAGUCUUCAACGAACAUGGCAACAUUGUGUCGGAUUAUCCCGAAUUUCAAGGCAAGCAACGCUUUGAGGCGCGCGAUUUAAUCGUGGAGCGUCUGGAGGAACUAAAAUUGCUGCGCGAAGUGCGUCCGCAUCAAAUGCAGCUGCCCAUCUGCUCACGAUCUAAGGACAUCAUCGAGUACAUGGCGAUGCCACAAUGGUUUCUCAGUACCAAAUCCAUGGCAAAAGCAGCGCUCUCCGAGCUACACAGCGGACGUCUACAAAUUCUGCCAGCGAAUCAUGAAGUAGAGUGGGAACGUUGGCUGUCCGAUACACGUGACUGGUGCAUUUCUCGACAGCUGUGGUGGGGCCACCAGGUGCCCGCCUAUCAAGCUUACGAUGCGAAAGGCAACAGCUGCUGGGUCGCUGCUCUAGAUGAGCAAAGCGCACAGAAAAAGGCGGUCAGCAUUUUGGGCACCACGGAGCUAAAGUUGACACGAGAUCCUGAUGUGCUGGACACGUGGUUCUCCUCGGCACUGUUGCCCUUUUCGGUGGCAGGCUGGCCCAAGGAGAGCUACAAGGAACAGUAUCCACUGGACAUUAUGCAAACAGGUCACGAUAUACUCUUCUUUUGGGUGGCGCGCAUGAUGAUGAUGGGACUCAAGCUGACUGGUGAAGCACCUUUUCGACGUGUGUUGUUGAAUGGCAUUGUUUGCGAUGCUCAGGGCCGCAAGAUGUCGAAGAGUCUGGGCAACAUUGUGGCGCCCCAGCAGGUGGUGCAGGGAGCGAGUUUAGACAGCCUAAAAGCAGAGCUACAAAAGUCCUGCGCAGCGGGCAUCAUCAAGGCUAACGAACUGAAAACCUCCACCGAAGGCAUGACCAAAAUGUUUCCCAAAGGCAUUCAGGAAUGCGGCACAGAUGCGCUGCGUUUUACAUUGAUGAGCCACAACAUUAAGAAUCAUUUCAUCAACUUUGAUGUCGAUGCUUGCUAUACAAACAAACUGUUUCUCAACAAGAUUUGGCAGGCGAUGCGUUUCACGCUGAGCUCGGCCAAGAGUUUGGGCAUCUCGCUGCAUGACUUUGAGACGAUGGAGGGUGUGACGUUGAGCAUGUGGGAUCGCUGGAUCAUUGGAAGACUUGCAGAGACCUUGACCAUUUGCUCGCAAAGCUACAGCAAUUAUAAUUUCCACUUGGCGACGGCGGCGCUAAAGCAAUUCUUCUAUCAGAAUCUAUGCGACGUUUAUUUGGAAACUACCAAGGCUGCCAUCAGCCGCAAGGAGAACAGCGCCUUUGUGAAUGUGGCCACUUUGACUGCAUGUCUUAGCUGGGGCUUGCAGGCCAUGGCUCCCUUUACGCCCUUCGUUGCUUCUGAGCUGCUGCAGCAUGUGCCGCUCAAUCUGGAGCUGAAGCUGGCGCAAUUCCAAGACGCUAAACUCGAAGCUGAAGUGGCGGACAUUGUCAGCAUUUGCACCACCGUGCGGCAGGUGAAGAGUCGCAAUCAGAUUAGCAAAAGACACGGUCCGAAGUUGUGUUUGUUCGCGCAAAACGCUAAAGCGGAGGAGACAUUGCAACGUCAUCUCAAUCAGAUUGUGGUGCUGACACGCUGCGAGGGCAUCGAACUGGAGCUGCUCAAUGAGGAAUCGAAAUUCCAAAAGAAAUUGAAUUUCUUCUCAACUGCCGGUGCAUUGUGUUCCUUUGGCAUUUCGCUGAAUGAUGAGUUUGCGUUGCCCGAAACAAAACGCGAGGAGAUGGUGCAAGAGAACAAAAAGAAGCUGAAGAAGCUGCUCAACGAGUUGCAAAAGUAUCGACUACGAAUCGAUAAUGAAGCCUUCCAACUGAUGGCAGAUAACGCUGUGAAGGAACACUUUCAGAAUCGAAUCAAAGAACUGGAAGCGGAGAUUGACAGUCUGAUGACGUUGACAGCGUAAUUGUAGCCAAGUGAUGUAAAUAAUUAGUUGUAUAGUAUUUUAAUUGCAGCACUCGAUGUCUUGUUUGUUGACUAUUGUAAUAACGUCAUAGCAUAAUGAAUAGAUACUAAUGAUUUCGAUUAA